AUGGGGAAGGACAAAGAAGCUCCCAAGCUGAAGGAGGAGGAGAAGAAGUCCAAGGAUGAUGUCCAUCUCAAGUUCAAGAGCAAGGACAAGUCGACAGGUGAGGUCGACGACAAGAAGGAGAUCGAGAUAGAGAAGGAAGAGGUCAAAGACUCGGGUGAUGGUGCAGGGUCUGCGGAAAAGGGUAAAGAGGGGAAGAAAGACAAAGAGAAGAAGAAGGAGAAGUCGGAGAAGCAUGAAGAUGAUGAAGAUGAUGAGAAGGUGGUUAAGAAGAAGGAUAAAAAGGAGAAAGACAAGAAAACGAAGGAAGAUGGUGAAGCUUCAGAAAAGGCAGAUGAAGACAAGAACGAUAAGAAGGCUAAACAGAAGAUAAAAGACAAGGAUGGAUCAGAGUCGAAGGGUUCAAUUGAUGAGAAACAAGAGAAAAUGAAAGAUAAGAAAAAGAAGGAAGGUGACAAAGAUGUAGGGGAGGAGGAGAAACACAAGAAGAGAGAAAACAAAGAUAAAGAUAAGAAGGAUAAAAAGGACAAAGAAAAGGAUGGAUCUGAACCAAAGGGUUCAAGUGAUGAAAAACAAGAGAAAGGCAAAGACAAGAAGAGCGAAGAGAUGGAACAAAAGGAAGCCCAUCUAGAGAAGAAUGGUGAGGCCGCACAGAAGGAUGUUCACAUGAACAAAAAGUUGGCAGGAGCUGCAGACUCGGGCACCCGUGAAAUCAAGCUAACUGACACUGAACCACAGGAGAAAGCAAUUGAUAGUAAAGAUUCAGAAGGCAAGAAGAAAAACAAAGAGGAGGAGGACAAGGACGAAGUCAAGAAGAAAAAGAAGGAUGGUGGUGAGGACGAUCAAGGCGAGAAGAAAGACAAAGAAAAGAAUGAGAAGAAGAAGGACAAGGGUGGCAAGAAGGAAGAUGGUAAGAAGAAAGAGGGUGAUGGCGAGGAAGACGGAGAAGGUAAGAAGAAAGACAAGGGUGCAAAGGAGAAGACGACCGAUCCAGUGAAGCUGAAAGCAAAACUGGAGAAGGUGGAUGCCAAAUUGCAAGACCUACAGGCUAAGAAAGAAGAUAUCCUGAGGCAGCUGAAAGAGCUGGAAGAAAGCGGCAAGGGAAAGACCAAUGAAGAGAAGCCUGCACAUGUACAGGAGGACAAAGGAAAGGACACGGCAGAGGUGCCUGCACAUAUACUGGAACAGGGUGGAGAGAGCAAGGUCAAGGAACAGAAUCCUGUUGCGGCAGCCUGA